ACAACAGCGUGUCUGCAUUAUCCAUAAACCACGGCAUCAUUGCAUGUAUCUGGUUUCAUGCUCACUGAAAGCGAAGCACGCUGCAAGGAAGCUGGUUCGUAAAAAAAGGACAGCCAUGCAGAACACCAGCAACUUUAUCAUGCAGCCUGUAGGAUUUUACAUUGUUGCAUUGGUUUCAAUGCCUUACAGUAAUGUCUAUGUCAUGUUCCUCACUGUGCUUUAUGUGAUCACGGUCAUGUGCAACGUCUUUCUGAUGGCUAUCAUUUUCUAUGACCACCGUCUGCAUGUCCCAAAGUUCAUGGCCGUUGGUAGUCUGGCUUUGGUUGAUCUUGUUCUCAGCACCUCUCUUGUGCCUGGCAUGAUAAAGACCUACAUUGUUCUAGACAAUUUUGUGCCAUUCAAUCUGUGUCUUGUGCAAAUGUACACUUACUAUAAUUUUAUAUCACUUGAAGGACUUUCCUUAUGUAUUCUCUCUUAUGACAGGUUCAUUGCAAUUUGUUUCCCUUUAAGACAGAAAUCUAUAAACACAAACACCAGAAUGGCUUAUAUAAUCUGUGCAGUUUGGUUCUUUAAUUCUGUUAAAUCACUGUACGGCCCUUCAUCCAUCCCAACCCUGUCAUUUUGUGGCUCUCUUAAGGUCAACAGCUAUUUUUGUGAUUACGCUCCUGUUUUACGACUGUCCUGUAGUGAUACGACACCCCAGUGGAAUUUUGCCACUACUUCAACUACACUCUUCAAUGCUGUACCUAUGAUUUUUAUUUUCUUGACCUACAUGGGUAUACUGAUUGCUGUAUUCAGAAUGAAAAAUAAUCAGAGUCGUUAUAAGGCGUUGGCCACAUGCUCUGAACACCUCAUAUUAGUGGCCCUUUUCUUCAUUCCAAUUUUUGUUAUCUUCAAUCUUGGAUUUUUUGGAAUUGUUAUAAAUCCAGAUGUAAGAACAGUGUGUUUGUCUCUGUCAUCCCUCCUUCCCCCCUGCGUGAAUCCCAUCCUCUACUCACUGAAAACUAAAGAGAUUCGAAGCCGGAUUUAUUCUUUGUUAAUCCAGAGACAGUCUGUUCAUCCUCUAAAUAAUAAACAUUAA